GUCUCACAGAGAUGCCACCUUUCGCCAGAGAGACUACAUCUCCCAGCAGGUAUUGCGGUAACUACUCCCAGGCAACUACACCUCCCAGCGGGCUUUGCGGCAACCACUCCGAGUCAACUACACCCCCAGAGGGCCUUGCGCCCGCCGCUUCCGGUCAUAUGCCUCUACAGAGGGUGCUGCGGCCCCACCCGCCGGUUUCCCUAGCGGCGGCCGCUGACUCCAGCUGGCGCGUGGCCUGUGGGACUUGUAGUCCGGGCUGCGGGAGGCGGCGGUGCGCGUGCCGAGGGAAAGACUCCAACUCCCAUCGCGCCCCGCGGGAGCCGGCUGAUAACGGAGCCAAAACAGCUAUGGCGGCGGCGGCGGCGAGCAGGCCGCGGUGCUGGUGUCGGCGCAAGCGUGGCUCCGCGUCCCGGCUGUGAGCGGACUAUAGUGUGGCUUCACAAUGUUUGGAGAUUUAUUUGAAGAGGACUUUUCCUUUGUGUCAAAUAAUCAAUGUGGAAAAGGGAAGAAACCAAAGUCCAAAGAUACCGAGCCUCCCGCUCCAAGGGAGUUCACCAAAUUAAGUGGUAUCAAAAAUCAGGGCGGGACCUGCUACCUCAAUUCCCUUCUCCAGACUUUGCAUUUCACUCCAGAAUUUAGAGAAGCACUGUUUUCCCUAGGCCCUGAAGAACUUGGUUCUCUGGAAGAUAUCAAUAAACCUGAUGUAAAGGUUCGAAUAAUUCCAUUACAGUUACAACGAUUAUUUGCUCAGCUUUUGCUCUUAGAUCAGCAGGCUGCAUCUACAACAGACCUCACUGAGAGCUUUGGAUGGAACAGCAAUGAGGAGAUGAGACAACAUGAUGUACAGGAGUUAAAUCGAAUUCUGUUCAGUGCUUUGGAAACUUCCCUUGUGGGGACUUCUGGCCAUGACCUUAUUAAUCGGUUGUACCAUGGGACUGUUGUUAACCAGAUUGUUUGUAAGGAGUGCAAGAAUGUCAGUGAGAGACAGGAGGAUUUUUUAGAUCUAACGGUGGCAGUGAAGGAUGUAUCUGGCUUGGAGGAGGCCCUGUGGAACAUGUAUGUGGAAGAGGAAUAUUUUGAAAAUGAUAACUUGUACCGAUGUGGAGCAUGCAACAAAUUGGUUGAAGCAGCAAAGUCUGCUAAACUACGUAAGUUGCCGCCCUUUCUUACUGUCUCGCUCCUGAGGUUUAACUUUGACUUCGAGAAGUGUGAACGAUACAAGGAAACAAGCUGCUAUACGUUCCCUAUCCAGAUUAACCUCAGGCCUUUUUGUGAGCAGACUCCGUUGGAUGAUUUGGAGUAUAUGUAUGAGCUCUUCUCUGUUAUUAUACACAAAGGUGGAUGCUAUGGAGGACACUACCAUGUUUAUAUCAAAGAUGUUGAUGCAUUAGGAAAUUGGCAAUUGAAAGAGGAGGAAAGCAAACUGAUGACUGAAGAGAAGGUUCAGAAAGAUACUGAAAAUAUCAAAGAAAUGGAGAAUCCACUGACAAUCCUGAAAGGGAUUUUAUCAGAGGAAGAAUCUAAACAAAUUCCUGUGGAUCAGUUAGGGCAGAAACUAUUGGAGAAAAAAGGAAUGUCCUGGAACAAAAAAUACAGGAAACAAUAUGGACCAAUACGAAAGUAUUUGCAGAAUCAUUCUCAGAUAUUUCGACUUAGUCCUGAUGAUAAUAAGGUUAGUCUAAAGGAGAUGUACCAUAAGCUCCAAUUUGGGUCAGAUUCCCAAGGACAAGGUCUGCAAAGCCCUUCUCAGAACAAUGAUGUCCAGUGGACUUCAGAAAGUCUAUGUACAGUACUAAAGGACAGCGCUUCUGGUUCCCAUUGGUUUGACUUGAAUGAUUCAAAAGUCCAGCCCAUUAAGGAGAAGGAUAUUGAGAAACAAUUUCAGGGUAAAGAGAGUGCCUACAUGCUGUUUUAUCGAAAAUCCCAGUUGAAAAGACCAUCUGAAGCACAAGCAAAUCCAAGAUAUCGGGUUCCUGGCCAUCUCGUGAAUGAAAUGGAUGCUGCCAACAUCGAAUUGCGGAAGAGAAGGAUGGACUGUGACUCUGCAGACAGUAAUAUUGAUUUGCACCUCCAUUUGGGCUCUCACUAUAAACUUUACCAUGGGGCCCUACACCCAUCGCUUUCUCAGAAGGAAAGUGUGCUGGAUCUGACUAUUGAUAAAAGAAAAACCCUAGGAGAUCUGCGACAAUCGAUAUUUCAGCUGUUGGAAUUUUGGGAAGGAGACAUCAUUCUCAGUACUGCAAAGUCUCUACCAGCAGGACUUCAUCUUUACCAAACACUUGAUGGAGAUGAGAUGACAUUGGGUGGCAUUGGACUUGCCGAUGGAGCAGAUGUCUUUGUGUGGAAUGGCAAGGAGGUUGGUGGUAUGGAGGUGUUAUCAGGUCGUGACCAUGAACCCGUGCUCCUAAAUGUUCUUCGGUUGGCGGGCUAUAAUGAAGGAGGAAAAGGUCAGCAUUUCAUCGAAUCCCAGCAUGCCAUUCCGUGCAGUGCAGAACUGAGCACCCUGUGGAAAGCCUUACCAUCGCCAGGAGGGAUCAUCUUAAUGAACAGUUCGGGAUCUGACAAAGAGGUGGAGAAUUGGAAGGUCGUUCCUGAGGAGGAUAUGAAGAAGACAGUCAGAAGUGUUGGCCUGACAGAUGGAAGCUCAAUAUUAGUUUUAGAUAGCCAUGACCAAAGCUUGGUGAACAUGGCAAGUGGCAAUUUGACUGCUUUUACACAUGAUAUCAGCUGGCUACAAGUUAAAAAUUUCUGCCGGUUGGAAGCUGAAGAGAAGCAAGUUAAAAUUACUGCAACCAUUGAAACAGUGAUGUCAGAUAUCAAAAUUAAAGCAAUACAGGAGCUGCAAUUAGGGGAGGAUCUAGUGAAUGAUAGCUGUCUCAGACCUAUUAACAGAAAUGGGAAGCUUCUCUCUCCAGUGCCUGAGGAUUAUACUGUCAAAGAAGCAGAACUAAAGAUGGGAAGUCUUUUGGGACUGUGUCAUGGAAAAGCUCCAACUUCCACUCAGCUCUUCUUGUAUUUUGUUGUUGGGAGUGAUCUGCAGGGAGGGCCAGAGAUGGAGAUAAUAGUGGAAGAGACUGCAUCUGUGAGAGAGUGUCUAAACUUAAUGCUGGAGAAAUCUGGGUUACCAGGUAACAACUGGCAUUUGAGAAGAAUUGAUUGGUGCUAUGAAGCUGGAGAGGCAUUAAGUGAGGAAGGUGCCAGACUGAAGGAGCUUAAUGUCUGCAGUGGAGAUACUUUGGUCAUAACUGAAGGGAAACUGCCACCCAAGGGAUUCUUGAAAGUGCCUAUCUGGUGGUACAAGCCUUUGAUGCACUUCAGACACCAGGAGAGCAUGCAGGAUCAAAUGAACUGCAUGACCUGCAUGAUGGGGGCAUUGCGCGUAUCUCCAGCAGGAGAUUCCCCAACAUAUGUCCAGUCAGACAUCGGGCUUUGUUAUGCAGGCAAUGUGGAAAUCUCUGGAGAAGCUUUUCUGGAGGAUCUGAAAAUUCAGGCCAUGACCUUGCCAUUCUUCCAGGAGCUCAGUGUCCCAUCACCCGAGUUUCUCAGAGCCUGGACAUUGGAAAGUAAGCGCCCAGGCAAGCUUUUACGAAACAACCAGCAACAACUCAAUGAAUAUAAACUGGGAGGCAGAACAGAAAUCUGUAUCGAGCCUUUACAGAAGGAAGAGAAUCUCGGCCCCAGUGACUUGCUGCUUCGGGUGCAGAUGGGCAUACCUGGGGAGAGGGAUUACUACCACUCUGUGGAUUUGGUGUGGGAUAUCUCCAAAGAAUGCACAGCAUGGGCACUGAGGCAUAGACUUGCUGCUCACUAUUCUCUCCCUGUGGAGAAAAUCGAAAUUGCAAAAUACUUCCCUGAGAAGUUUGAGUGGAUGACAAUCUCCAGCUGGACCCAGCAAAUUUCAAAGAGGAAACGGAAGAAAAAACAGGAGAGUUUGCAGUCAGCACCCUUUCACCUGAAGGAUGGAGACAUUAUCGGUGUAAAGAAUCUCCUACUUGAGGAUGGUAAGGACUUCAGUACUGUGAGAGAUGAUGUUGGAAAGGAGACGCAGAGGCAGCUUGCAAUGGAAAAAAAGCAAAGCCGACAAGCGCAGCGUUUACAGAACGAUGUUUUCUCUGAGGGGAAGGUAGCUACUAAGCAUCGUAAACCGGAAGUGGCUCUUUCCAUCAAUGUGGGAAUCUUCAGAUAGCAUUGGACAGGUGACUUGCUGAGUGACCCUUGCCAAUGAUGUACUGAAUUAGAAUGGAGUACCUCAACUGGACCGGCAGAGGGAUGCUCUUCUCAGAAGUGUCCUGAGUCUCUGCUGAGACAACUGGCUAUAGGAUUCAGGACAGCUCUGGAUUUCCUGUAAUCUAUAUUGGUGAAGUGCUUUAGCAUUCCUUUAUCAAUGUGGAACUUACUCUCAGGCUAGAUAAAUGCACUUUAUCAAUGAGAAAAUGGAUGACUGUAUUACAUAAUCUUUCAGUGACUAUUUUAUAAUAAUCAUAUAUGUAUUUUUCUCUGACAUUGCUAUCCUAUACCAUCACUACAAAACUGUUUUUUCAUGCAGGCAUGUAACUUCUAAAAGGAAUUGUUUGACUCUUUUGACUUCUGAAAUCGUAGGUUUUGUUCACAUGCCUGGUUGAUAAAUCUGAGCUUCGAUAGUUUAAAUCAAAAUUAGGUUCCCCCCUCUCUCUCUGCAGCCAUUUUGCUGAUAAAUAUUUUUUCUGCAGCACUAGUAAUUCUAGCAGUAGCCCAACAGCAAACUGCUAAUAGUUUUCCAUCUGAGCCCUGCAGAGGUGACUGAUUUAAAUGGUGUAUGUGACAUUUCAGCACUUGCCUCCUCUGUUACGUUAAAUCUUUCCAUUGUGCAGCAAGUCCAAACUCUACUCCUUGCCAUAUAAUGAAGCUCUCUCUGUUCAUCAGGAACAUGAGCAGAAACUGAUUUCAGCAUUUCCUUAAUCUCUAGAACAAAUACACUAAACUGGCCAAAGUAAGAAGCAAAUGGGUUCAAAAUCUAUAAAACUCUGGAGAGCUGUGUCUGUAAAAUAGAAAUAUAUUGUCACUGUGCUGGUUUUCUUCUCUAGAUGCAUCAUCCUUUUUCAUUAUAGACUAAGUUAUUAAAAAGUUGAGGAGAGAAGGAGAGUAUUUGAUGGAAUACUGAUUUUUUUUUACUCAGGAAAAGGUUAUUGUGUUUAUUUUAAAGUAAAUGGACCUUUGUAAUUUUGCUUGACUGACUUGAUAGCCCUCAAUAGGUUAAAAGAAAAAAAAAAGGGGAGAAAAAGGUUUUCCCUCUGGGCGUUGUACAGCUGGUUGUACAUCCCCAAUAAUACAAGGGGUAUGUACAGCCGAAACAGGAUACGUGGUUGCUUCUAAUACCAGCUAAACACUGUGCUGUCCAAGGCUGUUGUGGUUUAUGGUAAAUAAAACAUUCACUGCA